AUGUAUCACCAGCGCCGCAAGCUCGGUGCAGAUGAAAAGAAGUGGCCGCACCGCAUCCUCGGGUCGACUCAGGUUGCCCGCGUCGAUCCGGGCGAGAAGGACGCCCUGCGCCUGGUCGUGGAACCGGUUCAAAGUGGCACAUCAGCCAAGCCCGAAGUGCUGGAAGUCGACCUCGUUAUUGCAGCCACCGGCUACGAACGAAAUAGCCAUGUGACUAUGCUCAAGGGCCUGUGGCCCCUUCUCCCGGAAACGGAGGCCAAGAAGGCUACCAGCGGCACGGACGAUGACAGCGUCGGUACCUGGGAAGUGAAUGACACAACCGCGUCAGACGGUGCCUCCGCGACAAAGAUGCUCCGCGUUGCCCGCGAUUACCACGUCGAGUUUGACGCAACGCGCAUUGCGCCAGGCUCAGGCAUCUGGCUGCAAGGAUGCUGUGAAGGCACACAUGGUGUACGUUGA